AUGAAUCCAACAAGACUUUUGAGGCUGCAGCCUUUGCGGGCAGCUGCUCUGAGGCAGCCGGCCUUCCGCCAAUCCGCCUCGAGACAGACCAGGCCAUUCCACAACUCUAGGGUGAUGUUCAGGGCAAAGGCAAACGAGCAAAGCGCGCACACGAUCACUCAGAGGAUCCGCAGUCUCAAGAAGGUCCCUCCGGAACUGCUUCCCCUCGGCGUUGUCAUCCUGUUCGCCCUCUUCGCAGCCGGCUUUGCCAUGACCAGGAAGCUGUUGACCGACAAGACCCUUCGUCUUCACAAAAACCCACCGAAGCCAGCGCACUGA